ACCAUCUGUUUACACUUCAGAAACCAAACCCCAUUUCAUUUCAUAAAUUACUAUAUUACAUAUAUACUACUUUCUAGUUCAUCUUUUAGUAUUAUUAACUUCCAUACAAUAUUCAUAUGGAGCACCAAAACGACUUGUCGUUGGAGAGUUUCUGCCUGACAAAGCCGGCAGCAGCCACCGUUUCAGGUGACCCUCUCAACUGGGGUUUGGCAGCUGAGUCGAUGAGUGGGAGUCACUUGGACGAGGUAAAGAGAAUGGUGGCUGAGUACAGGAAGCCGGUCGUCAGGCUCGGCGGUGAGACUUUGACGAUAUCCCAGGUGGCAGCCAUCGCCGCUGGUGGCGACGUCGACGGUGUUAAAGUGGAGCUUUCUGAGUCUUCCAGGGCUGGUGUCAAAGCAAGCAGUGACUGGGUUAUGGAGAGUAUGAACAAAGGUACCGACAGCUAUGGUGUAACCACCGGCUUCGGUGCGACCUCACACAGGAGAACCAAAAAUGGCGGUGCCCUUCAGAAGGAGCUAAUCAGAUUCUUGAACGCUGGUAUUUUUGGCCACGGAACAGAGUCAUGCCACACUCUACCUCAGUCAUCAACAAGAGCAGGCUUGCUUGUUAGGAUUAACACCCUUCUCCAAGGCUACUCCGGCAUUAGAUUUGAGAUUUUGGAAGCCAUGGCCAAGCUCCUCAACAAAAAUGUCACCCCUUGUUUGCCAUUGCGGGGAACAAUCACUGCAUCUGGUGACCUUGUUCCUCUAUCCUACAUUGCUGGUUUACUUACUGGCAGGCCUAAUUCCAAGGCCUUUGGUCCCAACGGUGAAUCCCUUACCGCAGAGGAAGCUUUCAAAGUGGCUGGCAUCAAUUCUAGCUUCUUUGAGUUGCAGCCAAAGGAAGGCCUUGCUCUUGUUAAUGGCACUGCUGUUGGUUCUGGUGUGGCUUCUACUGUCCUUUUUGAGGCCAAUAUUCUAGCUGUGUUGGCCGAAGUCUUGUCAGCCAUUUUUGCAGAAGUGAUGCAGGGUAAGCCAGAGUUCACUGAUCACUUGACUCAUAAGUUGAAGCACCACCCUGGUCAGAUUGAGGCUGCAGCCAUUAUGGAACACAUUUUGGAUGGCAGCUCUUAUAUUAAAGAGGCUAAGAUGCUUCACGAAAUGGAUCCCCUUCAGAAGCCAAAGCAAGAUCGCUACGCUCUUAGGACAUCACCCCAAUGGCUUGGACCCCAAAUUGAAGUGAUAAGAUUCUCAACCAAGUCUAUUGAAAGAGAGAUCAACUCAGUGAACGACAACCCUCUGAUUGACGUUUCAAGAAACAAGGCCCUUCACGGUGGGAACUUCCAAGGAACACCAAUUGGAGUUUCCAUGGACAACACCCGUUUGGCUGUUGCAGCAAUUGGUAAGCUCAUGUUUGCCCAAUUCUCUGAGCUUGUGAAUGACUUUUACAACAAUGGUUUGCCUUCUAAUCUCUCUGGUGGCCGAAACCCAAGUUUGGAUUAUGGUUUCAAGGGAGCUGAAAUCGCCAUGGCCGCCUACUGUUCUGAGCUCCAAUACCUUGCUAAUCCAGUGACUAGUCAUGUUCAGAGUGCUGAGCAACACAACCAAGAUGUGAAUUCUCUAGGAUUGAUAUCUUCAAGGAAAACGGCUGAGUCUAUUGAGAUUCUCAAGCUCAUGUCUACAACGUUCUUGGUUGCUCUUUGCCAAGCCAUCGACUUGAGGCAUUUGGAAGAGAACUUAAGGCACACAGUCAAAAAGAUUGUGAGCCUAGUUGCUAAGAGAGUUUUGACUACCGGAGUCAGUGGGGAACUCCACCCUUCGAGAUUCUGCGAAGUUGAUCUACUUAAAGUGGUGGACAGGGAGUAUGUCUUUGCUUACAUUGAUGAUCCAUGUAGUGCUACCUAUCCAUUGAUGCAAAAGCUAAGACAAGUACUAGUCGAACAAGCUUUGGUUAAUGGUGAAACUGAGAAGAAUCCAAACACUUCCAUCUUUCAAAAGAUUGGAUCUUUCGAAGAGGAAUUGAAGACCCUUUUGCCAAAAGAGGUUGAGAGUUCGAGAAUUGCUCUUGAAAGUGGGAAUCCAACCUUGUCAAACAAGAUCAAGGAAUGCAGGUCUUAUCCUUUGUACAAGUUUGUGAGAGAGGAGUUGGGCACUGGUUUCCUUACAGGAGAGAAUGUUAGAUCUCCAGGAGAGGAGUUUGACAAGGUCUUCACUGCUAUGUCUCAAGGAAAGAUCAUUGAUCCCUUAUUGGAAUGUCUCAGCAGCUGGAAUGGUGCUCCUCUUCCAAUAUGUUAAUUAUCGUUUUGUAUACUUGAAUGUCGUUUUGCAUUCUUUAUUAUAUUUGUGUCCAUAAAUGUUGUUUCAGUUGCAACAAGGAGUGACUGAGCUAAAUGUUGUAAAACAAUAUUUUGUUUUUAUUACUUGCUAUUUUGCCUUCUUGUUUAAUUGUAAUGAAACUACAACUAGUUUCGACCCAUAAUGAAUUGAAUACCGAAGUUUACUUA